CAUCACCAGGAUUUGGAGGCAGUGGUUAGAAACCAGUUAGUAUCAGUGUAAGCCACAAUCUCUGGGAGCAUAAAAGCCCAUUUCUUAGCUUCCUAUUAGGUAUCUUUAUUAGUAUUUGCCUAGAUUAUCUGGAAAAGUAGAAAUAAGAGAAAAUCACCCCAGUUCUCAAUAUUUUUUAUCAAAAUGAAAAAUGAAAAAGAUAGUGAAUCUGAAUUAGAAAAAAAGGUUGAAAAUUCCCCCAUCAUGAGAAGAAACCCCCAAAAUGAAUCAGAUCCUCCAACGAUCACUACGAUUGAAAUCCCACAUGCAGUACAAGAAAUCCUCGCUAGGAUUGAGCAAGCACAGCUCCUUCGAGCCAGAGAGGACAUUAAUUCACAAAUGAAUGACAUAAUGAACAAUGUGCAUCGAAUAAUGGCUCGCUACACUCUUGAUUUUAACUUGCAGUCUGAAAGGAAUACCUUCCUUAAAGAACAUAUGAAAAAACAGAGAACCAUAUUUUUGGAUAAAAUGGCUUCAUAUGCUAAGAAUGCUGAAAUGAGAGAGAAGACACUUGCCUACAUUCUGGCCUGGUUGGAAGAAUGGAAUGCUAUUUUGUCUGACAUAACCGCAACUGAUAUUGAUGAGCACUACCAUUGGAUAGUACAAAUGGAGCUAUUUCCAGACACACUGAGAGCUAUUGAGAACAAUGUCAAUAUACUAUGUAGAAUUAGUACAUCUUUCCUUGAAGAAAAGAAGAAACACAAGAAAAAAAUACUAUCAAGAGGUGCUCUAUGGAAAAAUUGGAAAGAAAGAGCUAUAAAACGACCUGCAACAACCCAUGCUUUAAGACCAGAUCAGAUGAUUGCCGACCAAUUUGCAAUAAAUACAAAAGUUUCAGAAAUUCAAAAUAUGCUGCAGGAACUCAUAGGCACUGGAAUAUUCAACAAAUUAGAAAACACUGCUAUUAAAUACAUAUCAUCCACAAUACUAAAUCUUUUAAAAGCCUUGACUGUCGUAAAUGAUGAAUUAAAAAUUAUUAACAUCCGAAGUGGUAGUAUAUUUACAGAGACAUAUGUAACAGAAAAAGAGCUGUCCCUAAAGAUGAUUCAAGACCUUAGUCAACAAAAUGAGAUACUUCAACAAAAAUUGCAAGAGGCAGAAGAAAACUAUGAACAACUCAUUCAAUUCAAAGGUAUUACAGACCGCCAAGAACAUACACCACUACCUGUAUCCACAGCCAUUAUCAAAGAUGAUAACAUGGAGGACAGUAUGGAUAAUAUUUUAUACAAAGAAUUUGAAAACAUUGCUGGUGAGUUCAAAAUAAAAGAUAAGAAAGCCCCUGGGAAAAAGUGGUUCUCCAAGCUUUCACACGCAGCCCCAGACGACAUGACUCCAGAUGUGACUGCACAGCACCCUGUACCUGAAAACCAGAAAAGAGCUUCCAGGGUUUCUGAAGAAAUUACUGAAGAUAAAAUGCCACUGAAGAAAGAUGAUGUCUCUCAGAAAGAUGGGGCUGGUCAGUAUCAACCACAGCAAAGAAAGUAUACGAAAGGCCCUCAGGUAGAGGAGACCUCUAGGUCAAAGCUGAGGGAGGAUGUCGGUGAGGAUAUAGGAUUAGAGGCCAAACCUAAUCAGUACUCCAUGCUACAAGUGCCAGAAAAGAAGAGAAAAGAAAUAAAACUAUCUUCUGAAAUCAAAUCAAAGUCAGUCACUGAAUCAAAAAGUCAACACUUCCUUCCCACUGAGACAAAGAGCCGGGAUGGCAAAAGUAGAACAAGCGGUAUGCAAGAGAAACCCAGAAAACUCAAAACCAGAUCUUUAGUAGACAAGAGUUCAGUUUUGCUAGAGGAUACUGAGUCAAUAGACAAACAGGGGAAAAGUGAAAGUGACAGCUUAUCAGAGUCACUCAGUAUGACCCAAGUGAAACACACAUCUAUGCCGCUUAAAGCUGAGAUCGAAGGAAAGACACAGCAAACCUCUUCAAGCACUACCAUAAGCAAAGAAGGAAAAACUAAAGGAAAAGAAAUGCUAACCAAGUCCAAACUUGAUAAAUCGCACUCAAGGACAGCUAAAGUGACUCCAGAAACUAUCCAAGAUCUAGGAGCUUCAGAGAGCAAAAGUGAACGGAGUAAUGUAGAAGCGUUUCAGAAAGCCAUAAUGAAUUUCUUAAAGGAGAAAAUUAAUAACAUACAAAAGCCCUCUGAUAGAAGCACCAUGCUGAAAGAGGAGGGGGAGGAGGAGGAGGAGCUAUUACAAACAGCAGAAAUUGAACAAUUAGGGAUCAUAAAAGAAAAGAUAGAGGAAUAUUUCAAAAAUGUAACUGAAAUUGUUACUAACAUCCUGAGGAAAUAUCAGGUUUCAAAGAAGGAAGAACAGGUUGAAGAGAAACCUAUGAAAGAAAAAAAGGAAGCUUCGUUUAAACUGGCAUCGCAUUAUCCGAAGUCAUCAAUUACUACUGCAGAGUCCGAAAUUAGCACCUUCCUCUCCAAUGAGAGUGUAGAUCCCGCAAUUAAACAUUUAAUACAAGUGGUUUUAACUGAAAUGGAGACUGCAAGAGAUGCUACAGCUCUCCCCACAGUAGCGAAAGACCUGAAGAAGGAAAAACAAAAGCAGGAAGAAUAUUUAGAAGAGGAUCAAGAAAAAAUAUACGAAGAAGCAACUCUCCAUAAGAAGGAUUAUAAAAAAAUCCAUAAGACCUUGAGGAAGAAAAAGGAAUUGUUCCAGAAGGAGGAGGAAAGCCAAGGGCAGGAGAAGGAGAAGCAGGGGCCGGAGGAAGAGCUGUGGGCGGAACAGCAGAAACAGAGGCUCCUGAAGCAGACUGAGCAAGAGGAGCAGCACAGGGAAACGGGAAAGGAGAAGGAAUGGAGGGCCAAGCAGCAGGAGGAGGCAGGCAAGCAAACCACGAAAGAGGGAGGCGCGCUCUUGGAGAGGGAGAAUGAAGAGGCGAUGAGCCAGGCUCCAAAGGCAGCGAGACACCCGGAGCCGAAAAUGAGAGGAAAGAGAGAGAAGCAGAAGCCAAGUGGAAGGGUAGAGAGCCUGGAAGGGCAGAGGGAGAAUGAAGCAAAGGAUCAGAAGUUGAAGGGGAAAGAAUCUGAAGAGCGCUUUCGAAUGGAGGCCCAGACUCCCGCAAUGUUAGAUGAAUCCCAGUUACACCACGGAGACAACUUCUACAGAAUCUUAGAGCUGCUUCGGGGGACAAGUGGCUCUCCCGCCUCCACCCAGUCCUCACCAUAUGCAGCCCUUCCUAUUUAUCCAGAGCCCCUCCCAACAUACCAAACUCUCACUCCUCAGCAGGCCCAGGACCUGAUGACCAUUCUAGCUCCUCAACAGGUCCAGGACCUGACAACCCCUCUGAUUCCCCAGCAGAUCCAGGCCCUGGGGACCACUCUGACCCCUGCACAGGUCCAGGCACUGAGAAACAUUCUGUCCUCACCACGGGCUGUGGCCCUGGGGCCCAUUUUAACCCCUCAGCAGGUUCAGGCCCUUGGGACCACGCUAGCUCCUCAGGAAGCCCAAGAACUGGGGGCCACCUUGACCCCUGAACAGGUCCAGGUGCUGGGAACCAUUCCGUCCCUGCCACAGGCUGAGGCCCUGGGGCCCACUUUGACCCCUCAGCAGGUCCAAGCCCUAAUGACCACUCUGACCCCUGCACAGGUCCAGGCCCUGGGGACCAUUCUGUCCCCACUACAGGCUGAGGCCCUGGGGACUAUUCUGACCCCUCUGCAGGCCCAGGCCCCAGUGACCACUCUGACCCCUGCACAGGUCCAGGCCCUGGGGACCACACUGACCCCUGCACAAGUCCAGGCACUGGGAACCAUUCUGUCUCCACCAUGGGCUGAGGCCCUGGGGACCACCCCAACUCCUCAACAGUCCCAGGCCCUGACAACCACCCCAACUCCUCAACAGUCCCAGGCCCUGACAACCACUCUAACUCCUCAACAGUCCCAGGCCCUGACAACCACUCUGACUCCUCAACAGUCCCAGGCCCUGACAACCACUCUAACUCCUCAACUGUCCCAGGCUCUGACAACCACACUGAUCCCUCAGCAGGCCCAAGCCCCAGUGAUCACUCUGACCCCUGCACAGUUCCAGGUGCUAGGAACCACUCUCACCACUCAGCAGGCCCAGGCCCUGACAACCACUCUAGCUCCUCAGGAGGUCCAGGGCCAGGGGCCCACUCUGACCCCUCUGCAGGCCCAGGCCCCAGUGACUACUCUGACCCCUGCACAGGUCCAGGCCCUGGGGACCAUUCUGUCCCCACUACAGGCUGAGGCCCUGGGGACUAUUCUGACCCCUCUGCAGGCCCAGGCCCCAGUGACCACGCUGACCCCUGCACAGGUCCAGGCACUGGGAUCCAUUCUGACUCCACAACAGGCUGAGGCCCUGGGGCCCACUCUGACCCCUCAGCAGGUCCAGGACCUGACAACCACUGUGAUUCCUCAGCAGAUCCAGGCCCUGGGGACCACACUGACCCCUGCACAGGUCCAGGCACUGGGAACCAUUCUGUCUCCACCAUGGGCUGAGGCCCUGGGGACCACCCCAACUCCUCAACAGUCCCAGGCCCUGACAACCACUCUAACUCCUCAAGAGUCCCAGGCCCUGACAACCACUCUAACUCCUCAACAGUCCCAGGCCCUGACAACCACUCUGACUCCUCAACAGUCCCAGGCCCUGACAACCACUCUGACUCCUCAACAGUCCCAGGCUCUGACAACCACACUGAUCCCUCAGCAGGCCCAAGCCCCAGUGAUCACUCUGACCCCUGCACAGUUCCAGGUGCUGGGAACCACUCUCACCACUCAGCAGGCCCAGGCCCUGACAACCACUCUAGCUCCUCAGGAGGUCCAGGGCCAGGGGCCCACUCUGACCCCUCUGCAGGCCCAGGCCCCAGUGACCACUCUGACCCCUGCACAGGUCCAGGCGCUGGGAUCUAUUCUGUCUCCACCAUGGGCUGAGGCCCUGGGGACCACCCCAACUCCUCAACAGUCCCAGGCCCUGACAACCACCCUAACUCCUCAACAGUCCCAGGCCCUGACAACCACUCUAACUCCUCAACAGUCCCAGGCCCUGACAACCACUCCAACUCCUCAACAGUCUCAGACCCCAGUGACCUCUCUGAGCCCUGCACAGGUCCAGGCUCUGGGAACCACUCUCAUCACUCAACAGGCCCAGGCCCUUGGGACCCUAUUCAGCCCUCAGCAGUCCCAGGCUCUGAUGACCACCCUGAUGCUUCAGCAGCCCCAGGCCCAGGGGACCCCUCAGACCCCUCAGCAGAUCCAGGUCCUUGGAACAACUCUGACCCUUCAGCAGGCUGAAGCCCUGGGGACCACUGUAACCCCUCUGCAGGCUAAGGUCCUGGAGCCCACUCUCACUCCUCAGCAGGCUCAAGCCUUGGGGACAGCUGGGGCUGAGGGCCUGAAACAUACACUGACGCCUAAGCAGGCACAGGCCCUGGAAACAAUUCUGACCCCUGAGCAGGCCCAAGUCCUAAGGAACACACUAAUGUCUCAACAGGCCGAGGCCCUGGGGCCCACGCUUACCCCUCGGCAUGCCCAGACUCAGGGGACCCCCUUUAUCCAUGAGAUGUACCAGGGUUUGGAUAUGGCACCCACUCAUGAUCAGGCCAAGGCAUUGCAGGCUCCUCUCACUCUGGAACCAGCCUUGAAACUGAGAGUCCCUGGUGCCCCUCAGUAUGCCCAGACACUGAAGACAGCUGGCACUUUACAGAUCCAGGCAAGGCAAAUCCCACUAACUGUGAAACCGACUCAGAUAUUUGGGGUCCCUGGCACUCAAGAACAGGCUGAGCUUGCCCAAGCAAUUGGAGCCACCCUCACUCCUGAGCUGGCUCGGGCAACAGAGGUCCCUCUCACUUUUACUCAGGGACAGUCCUCAGGAGUCUCUCUUAUACCUGGGGCCCCUCCCACUCCAGGGCAACCCCUUGAGCUGGAGGCUCUUAGCUGUAGGCAGUUAUUUCUGUCUAAGCACCCUCUGGCCCCUCUGGCUCCCAGGCGGUCUCUUAAAUCAGAACUCCCACCCUUUUCUGGAAAGAUUCCCAGUCACUGGGCUCCUCUCCCUUCUUGGCAGUCCUUGGCUCCUGGGGCCCCUUCCACCCAUGAAGAACUCUUGGAAUCUGGACCCUUAGCCUUUUCCGGGAAGCCUCAGGCUUUCUUACCUUCUGUCUCUGCUGUAAAGUCUCCCUCUCUGCAAGCCACUGCUGCCCUCGGACAGUCCCUGGCACCGUCGGCUUUCCCUGGGCAAGCCUCCCCACCACAGAUCCCUCCCCUUUCUGGGCAUCUCCCCACAUUAUGGACCCCCUCCGUUGCUGGAAAGCCCCAGAAAGCUGAGUCCUCGUUUGAUAGAAAGAAAAGAUCGACAUCUGUUUCCUUUCUGAAAUCGCAAUCAUCAUUGGUCCAACACAGUGUUCCAGAUUUCAAGGCAAUUCAAGCUCCUUUCACUGCGAAGAAGAUCCGCAUUUCCGAGGUCUCUGUCACUGCUGAAGAAACAUUUCAGUCCUAUAUCACCAGUGACAGGGCACCGGUGUCACACACCUCUUACAUUGAGGAGGAGGCUCUUAUUCCGCAGAAACCUAGGACAACGCUACCUCCUCUCACUGCGCGACUGCUGAAACCAUCGCAGUUACCAGCUCUGCAGAGGCGCUUGAGAACACGACUGCCCUCUAUAGACAAGCCUUGGAUCAAGACUUCAGCUUUAGGUAUCAAGGAGACCAAAAUGAUGGUGCCCCCCUCCUCUCCUCAAGAACCUGAAAAGAUGACGUAUUUUGUUGAUGUGGACGCUCAGAGAAAGAACCUGAUACUGUUAAAUCAGGCCAUAAAAACUUCCGCAGCUCCUUCACAGCUACACGUAACAGCUAGGAACCUCAUAAUUGAGACCCUUCAUGCGGACGCCAUUCGGCUGGGAUUCCUGUUCCACAAGUACAUAGCCUACAGGCUGAUCCAGCGUGCCAGAAACAACAUAAUUCGUCGAGUAAAAGCCAUCCAGAAUACGGGGAGAGGUUAUGAGACCAAGAACCUCUAUGUCAUGCUGAGCAGGAUUGAUGACUAUCAGAAAAAGGUGAUGCAUAUCUGGACCGAGAAGCAGAAACUUCUAGAGGAAAAACGGAAUCAGUGCCUGAGGAUGAUGAUACCCGUAUUUAGCCAGCUCCGAGAGAUGUAUAAAUUGAAUCUUAGUCAACCUACCCCGUUGAUCACUGACAAAAAGCAGAUCCCUGUCUCUACCAAAUACGUUCAACAGCCAAUCCAAGAGUUACCAGUAGAAAAGGACAGACUAUCUGAUAAGAAGAUCAAACAACAAGAAGACCAGUUGAAGGCCAUCUGGAAUGCCGAUCUGUCCACUUCAAGCUACCCAAUAACAGAGAAGACGCCAGUGAGCUUGCUCUGGGCCCAGCUGGGUGGGUUUCCAGAUAUUCCGAGGCUGCUCCAGUUAGAUAUCCAGUCUACCUACAGGAAAUCCCUUGCAUCCCUUAAGACACGGUGUAAGAAGACCCCCAAGUAACUACAAAAUUAAAUACAAGCAUGCUUAUAGUAAAU